UUGAUAAAUUUACUCGUCAGCGAUGUGCUUGUCAACAAGGGGAUCACCUCACAGCGCUUCGUCGGGCCUCCCGGGCGUCUCCCAAUCCAUGCACCGAAGCGUGACAGACUGGCUAGAAAAAGCUAACACGUGGCAAUAGAGCUAACCUCACACGGAUCAUAGACGGAAUUGGAUAUAGUUACCCCAACACGACGCCACGAGAUUUAAGGGACCUGCAGUCAAGGUGAUUGUGAGCAUUGGGCGAUAUGCGUUCAAAGUAUGAGGACUAAGAUGCGAUCACCUUCUUGCAAACAAAUUGCAUCCGGAAACAACCAUUCAGUUGAGAGUCUACUGCGUUUAUUCUCUCAUAAGGCUCCCAGAGACCCGAUUGAAGAAGUUGACAACCAUUGCCUUGUCCGAGAGUUCGCUGCGCGGGAAGGCGUCCUUCGACCAAUCUGGCGGCCUUCCACAAAGAUGCCGACAACAACCAGGUCGACCACUACGCCUGGAAAUAUUGGUAGAGAGGAAGUUGACAGAACCAAUAUGCUUAGCGAUCUGCAAGCGACGGGCUGCUCGCGACCCUCUGUAGGGAACUGGCACAGCGAAUCGGCUCUUGCGAGCGGAAGUUGCGAAAUCCGGGGAGCUUAUAAAGAGCUGAAUAGGGCUAGGAUCAAAGAUGAUUCCCGUUUCAUGGAUGAGAAUAAGUCUGGCGGUCUCGGCCUCUUUGCGUAAUUGACUUGGAAGAUAUAACCAUUAUGGUGCGGUGCCAAAACAACCAACACCAACGAACUCUUGU